UAUGUCCCUUGGUUGUGUCACUCUUUAACGUUGCGCCUGGAAUGGCGGCAACCUUGUCUGCGAAGAAGAAAAAGAUUUACGAUGGAAUUUUUAUGGGUUUCUCUGUUUUACUUCAUUUUAAAACCACAAAACAACGACGACAUUAAACUCAGUUAAUCGUCCAUUGCUGUCGGUGAGACAUUAAAGCAUCAACAAGGACAAUGGAGGUGAACGAAGCUCAUGUCGACACCCUGCUGAACAUGGGUUUCCCCAGCGAAACCGACAUCCGUCACGCUCUUCGUUUCAGCAAGAACGAUCUGAACGAUGCGGUCGCCUACCUCACCGAUGACCACUCCACCACCAACUACGACCAUUUGGACACACAAUUACAACUGUCAUCACUUCGUACGUCUCCUGAGUCGUCUUUGGUCGGCGGCGGCGGUGGUGGAGGUGGCGGCGGCGGCGGUGACCAGCUUUUGCCCCACAACCGACUCUCGGGCCUCGAUUUCUUUAAACCUCCCUCAGAACACUCGGAUGAUAUCCUCACCGGACCUGAGAAAUCUGCUAAAGACCCUUCAAUUGAUUCUGUGCCCCCUUUACUCACUGCUGAAGAAGAAACAAACUAUGAGUUUCCUGUCACUAAUCUCUAUGAAUUGGAAAGUCGAGUGUUUGUGGAUCAAUGGUCAAUCCCGUAUCGUAAAGAAGAAUCCCUCGGCAAAUGUCUCCUUGCUUCCACUUAUUUUGCAGAAGCAGGGUUUGCUGACACCAAUGAACACUGUAAGCGCUUCAUGACACAAUGUAUGCCGGAAGCUUUUAAAAAGCUGAUGACAUACCCUGCAGUCCAUCGGUGGACGUCUGAGAUUCAAGAAGGAAUCAACAACAUGUUGCAGUUAUUCAUUGACCUCGUUGUUGCUCGUUUAAAACAUUUGCCUGUUCCCAUUGGACUCCUUGAUGUCUUAACGAUGGCGUUUGACCAAGAUGCUGUGUUCCACUUCAAGAACCGGGCCCGACAAUGUGACAAAACCUACUGGAAGGACAAGUUUCCAAAUGGAGAGCUUUAUGCUGUCAAUUGUUCCGGAGCAGGAAAAAACGACCCUUAUGGCUGGCUCACCAACCUCAUUAACAGGUUUGCCUACAAAAAGGGCUUCGAAUAUGUGAAAAAACAUUUGGAGAGUGAUGAUUUAGAUGCACCGUCUAUGGCAGCUCUUCUGCGUCCAUUUGGUACUUGUGCAGACUUUUUAAACCCUUCGGUGAUGUUGGAUAUUCUGGCCCCAGGUUUAAAGAAGGCCAUCAAAUAUGUUCAGAGUUUGGAAGAGAAAGACUUUAAAGAAAAGAAAGUUGGCAGUGUUUCUGAGUUACUGGCUUCCAUGAAGCUUUUAUGUAUGACUAUGUGGCCCCAGGAUGUGGAAGCUGUUGAUGAUCUGCGAUUGGAUGUGGCACUCCGAAUGCUCAAAUCUCCUCACUUUAAUGCCAAAAUGAAUUCCCUAAAAGAGGUCUCCAAACUCAUUGACGAUGCCACAGUCAGUAAGUUAAAGACUGCCAUUCACUCGGACAGAAUUCUCAACUUUUUGGUUGACAAACGUGUGCUGGCCAUCGCCCUAGAGGGAAACAUUGAUCAAGCUCAAUAUUGUGAUAAAGUGAAAGGUAUUGUGGACUUUUUAGGAUCCAAACUGUCUUUGGAUGAACUGACAAUGAUUUGGAAGAUGCAGAAUGGCCAGUCUAACAAUGUGAUAGAGAACAUCUACUCCAUCAUAGCCGCUGCAGCUGUGAAGUUUGAUGCUCAACAGUUAGAACAGUUGUUCUUCCUCAUACAAAAGAAAUGGCAGGACGACAAUGACCGUGUCCGAGAGAAAUUAUUGAGUCUCAUUGGCAAGAUUGGUAAAGACGCUCGUGUUACCAAAACUACAACACGGGUGUUAGAGUUGUUGUGGGACCUGUCUCACCUACCUGCCCUUUCUACCCACCUCAUAGAACAAGCUCUUAACGAGCACCUGCUCAUUCUCAGUGAUUCUUACAUCGUCAAGGAACAAGUGAAGCGACAUUAUGUGAUGAAGUGUGUGGAAGACAUUAAGAAGGGUGCCUGGGUGUUGCCAGCCCUGAAACAGUUGCUGCAUCUAUGUAAAAAUAUUUCCAAGCAGAAUCUCAACAAAUCAGACAAAGGCAUCCUUUAUGAACUCAAUCGCAAUCAAGAUGUUGUUAAAUUAGUGACUGGAAGUUUAUUAAAAUGCCACAAGAUGGCAGCAAGUUUUGAUGGUAACUUGAACCCUGCCGCUAUAGUUGAUGGUCGCUAUACACACUCUGAGUAUGUGUCAACUCAUCUGAACUUCCUGCAGUAUAUUCUUCAAGUCGGUAUUCAGACUUUAACUUGGAACCGAGCUCGGGAAAUUUGGAGUACUUUGGUUGCUAAUGUGGAGGCUUGUGAUUGGGACAAGGAGACAUGUUACGAAUGGUUCAGUCGUGGAAUUGAGGAUUUAGACUCUGAAGCGGUCAGCCAGUUGUUCCAGAAAGAACUGCUCAAAUUAGAUCCUUCGGUUCUCAGUGAAAAAGGGUUUACAUGUGUGAAGAACUUUUUUGAAUCUGCCAACCUUUAUGAGCAUAAACUGAAGAAAUCUUCUACAGGCCUUAGUUUGAUUGUUGAGAAACCGGACCUGUGUGGACUUGAAUUCCUCUGGGAGACCUGUUUGAACACCCCAAAUGAGACGAUAGCAGCAGCAGCCAUCCAAUUACUCCUUGAUAUGUCAUAUUCAAAUUUAACCCCUAAAAUAAAAAAGGAUCCUGUGAACCUUCACAAGAAAUUCAUCACAGAAUGUUACAACAGACUGGAGGUGGCCCGGAUAGGAAUUGGUGGCUCCGCCCUGGGCCAAGUGAUACUCAGUGCCACUAAAAUACUAACUGCUGUCAUUGUACCAGAUGUCGCGUCUGGGACUGUACCAUCCAACUGUGCCAAUAAAACUGACCAGAAUCCAGUCACAGUUGAAACCAGGCGGCCCCCCUCCCGGGACCCCAUUUACUUCCGACCAGUGAAGCUGCUGAACAUAGAACGUUUAUUGUGGAUAGCUGAGGCGUACAUCCUAAACGUGGAGGAGGUCCAUGUAAGUCCGCGCAGUAUCCUACCCCAUGGGACUUCAUUCCAGGGUCAACAGAUUAAUCUAUUCAUCUCAUCAGAAUUACAGAAGCAAGAGUUUGUCUUGAUGAGCCAUAGUAAUGAAAUGUUAGCGUUGGUGAGGAUCAAGAUUGCCAACCAUCUCCGACAGUUUGCUGAUCAAAUUCAGAUUUAUGCAAAUGAGAAACUUUUGAACUGUAACAAGGACCAGAAACUGCUGCAUCAAUUAGACUUUGAAGACAACCAGAUUCUGCAAGUGCGUAUCUGCUCCGCCAGUAACGCUGCAUCAACCAACCAGGUGAAAGAAAUUCAAGAAUGUCUACGACUUGACCAGCCCCAUGCCAGUCCAUCAUCUAAACAGAAUUUUGAUUUGGAUCAGGAGAAGAUGCUUCCCGGUGUGAUAAUGGCGAUUGGUGGACAAGUUUUUGAUAUGUUGUAUCAAUUAGCUGAACUGGAAGAGCCAAAAAUCACAUGUCGGGUGAGGAAGCUGUUGAUGUUGAUCCCUACUGACCCUUCCAUAUCGGACGCCUUUGAUUCCAUCAGUCAACGAAUGGAAGUGAAACAGUCAUGUCCUGCAGAUGAUGUAAGUCCUCGGUCGAGUCCUAAAAAGGCCUCCACUCAUGCAACAUCGUGCACCCCUUCAGUCAGUUCUUCAAAACUCAGCCCUCACGAAAUACUCCGCUCGUUGCUCAGUGCCGCGGGGCCAGAUAUGUCAGCAUUUCGACUUCUCUACAAUCUAGAAGUGCUGAGCAGUAAACUGAUGCCAACAGGUGAGGAGGUUGGGGUCCAGCACAGUGCCAAGCGUUUCUGUGAGGACUUCCUACUGGCUGGUGGCCUGGCGUUAGUGAUGCACAUCCUUCAGCCAGAAGCCAUGGUAACAGACGUACCAUACGCCAUACGUCAGGCAGCAUACUCCAUAUCUUUACAGUUAACCAAAUUCUUGUUGUGUGGUCAAACAGUAACUGGUGAAGUGUAUUUCCCCCUGUCCCCUCAGGUGAAAACUACUCCCAGUGGAGCCAACUGGAUUGGUAGUAUGAAUGUGGAGCCAUCAACUGGAGCCGGUAGCAGGGCUCUACAGACUAUGUCAGUGGAAGAUUUUGGAGAGACAGUGGCCUGUCUGAUGCGCAUCACAUGGGCCGCAGCUGCAGGUCGCCUUCAUUUGAUGAGCGUUCCCCAACCGAUUAGAGAGAGCACUGUUGCCACGGGCCGACGCAGUCGUCAAAGUAGUACAGGUAGUACUGGUAGUACAGGAAGUGACAGUGAGGGCCAAACCCUUCAUGCUGGUGUUUGUGCCCAGCAAGCCAACACAAGUACCAAAGAUUGUAAGAUUGCAUGUGAAGCCCUGGAGAUUUUUGUAACCUGCCUGAAACUACGAAAGGAGCUGCUCUCGGUCUUCUACAGUUUGCCGUGUGUCAGUGACUUCAUUACAGACAUUUUGGUCGGUUCACCACAACUUGACAUUCGAAAUGCAGCCCUGGAACAGUUCUACCAGCUGAGCCAGACGGAGCUGUUGCCUGCUGAGAUCGAUGACAGCAAUAUCAAUCCUCACCAGUUCAUGUUGAAAGUCUUGCUCAAGAGUCGACUCCCAUUUUGGGUCUCCUCCACUACAAUCAGGGGCAGCAAUCAAAGGUUACUCAAUCAAUGUUCGCAAUACUUUGAACUUCGAUGUCGUCUGCUGGAAAACCUAUCUUUGACUGAGCAGAGCCAGUUCGGCGUCAAUCCAUCGGCCAUGUUGAGUGAUGAAAUCGACUGGCUCAGUAAUUUUGUCACCUCUGAGUACAUCGAGCUUCGUACCACAGAAAACAUGCUGAUGGCUGGUCACCUGAAGUUGUGUAAAACUCUGUUUACCUGUGAACAAGUUGAUAAAGAAGAAUUUGGCAAAGAGUUGAUAUCUGAGCUGCUUGAUGACUUCCUGUUUCCAGCAUCAAAACUUAUUAUGGACAAUUUCAAUCAUGUUAGAUCGGAGAGACUCUUCCAUAAUUUUAAUCCCAAAUGCACCAAUCAAGAAUCCAGAGUUGCAGCCUAUGACCUUCUCACUGAGUUGACCAAGAAAUCAUUCAAUAAUUUGAAGGAGAUUUGUAAACGCCUCAUUCAGAUGCAUCACAUGCCGAACCCUGACUGUGCCAACGAGUGGGAGUACAUGCCUGCUGUUGAUGGCCGAGCAGAUUGUGGUUUCGUUGGUCUGAAGAAUGGUGGUGCCACCUGCUAUAUGAACUCCGUCCUACAACAGAUCUACAUGGCACCUGGCAUCUCUGAGUUUAUCUUAUCUAUUGAUGAAGAGGAAGUAGAUGAAGACAGUGUGUAUUACCAUGUACAACAGAUUUUCGGACAUCUGACUGAUAGCAAGCUUCAGUACCAUGAACCAGAGAGUUUUUGGAAAGUAUUUAAACUGUGGGGUCAAACGAUAAAUAUCCACGAACAACAAGAUGCAUUUGAUUUCUUCCAGGCUCUUAUUGAUCAAGUCGAUGAACAUAUGAAACGAAUCGGACGAGAUGAAAUCUUCAAGCGGAAAUUUCAAGGAAUUUUCUCUGACCAAAAAAUUUGCAAGGACUGCCCUCAUCGCUAUGAACGAGAAGAAGCUUUCUUUGCCCUGAAUUUGACAGUAAAAAAUGCCACUUUACAAGAUUCUCUGGACCAGUUUGUGAAAGGGGAACUUCUUGAAGGAGACAAUGCUUACUUUUGUGAGAAAUGUCAAGAAAAGAGGAACACCAUCAAACGUAUGUGUAUCAAAACACUGCCACCAUUGUUGUGCAUCCAGUUGAAGCGGUUUGGUUAUGACUGGGAGGCGCAGAAAGCAUUGAAGUUUGAUGACUAUUUCAAGUUUCCCUGGGUCCUCGACAUGGAGCCUUAUACAGCUGAAGGGAUGGCAAGGCGAGAGAGUGAAAUCCUUCACAACUAUUCUGAUGAGGAGACUAGUGAGAAAUCAACGUUGGGGUUGUCAUGUCAGGAAGACUCGGCAGAUGGUCAGUAUGUUGAUCCCGUCACCUCAACAAACCAAGUCAUACCAAACCGAAUACAUUAUGAACUUGUUGGCAUUGUCGUCCAUAGUGGUCAAGCUAAUGCUGGCCACUACUACUCCUUUAUUAAAGACCGCAGAGGGACAGUCUCAACAAAUCCUAAGAAGGGCUGCUGGUUCAAAUUCAACGACAUCACAGUAGAAGAGUUUCACAUGACAGAUGCCAACCUUGAAGCUGAAUGCUUUGGUGGAUUUUACAAAGCAAAAGUUUAUGACCAAAACAUGACCUACCCUGAAGAUCGGAUCCGUUAUUGGAAUGGUUAUAUGUUGUUCUAUGAACGAAUGGACGAACCGAAGACACCUGUUUCUGCAAAGAAAUCCAAAGUUUCUCUGUCUAAAUGUUCUCAUUUUGAACCAAGACGCAGUUUGAACUCUGACAGCCUGGUCGAGUUAACAGAGUUGGUCCACAAAGGGGAAAAACGUGGUAUUUUCACAGAGAAGAUGCCAGCAAGCAUUGAGAAGGUGAUUGGCACCGAGAACAUAAUCUUUGUCAAGAACAGAGACAUUUACAACAAUGAGUAUUUCCGUUUCAUCAAGAACCUGGCCGCAGUUAAUGCAGCUCAUGAAACUGACCCCAACUACAGUAAGUUAUGUGUACAGUCGCUCCAGCUGGCCAUGAAAUUCCUCAUCAAUACGUACUUCAGAGCAAAACUGAAGACAAAGGCUGAGUUAGAUGACUGGGUCACUGUGAUUGAGAUGUUGGUCACUCGCUGCAAAGAAGCCUGCAUGUGCCUGGUCGACAUGAUUGGAGAAGACGAUGGUUAUACCUACAUCAAGUCCUUUCUGCUGGAAUGUCCAAACAAAGAUGUUCGGCUUACCCUGGCCAAAAUCCUCCAACGUAUGAUGAAUAGCUUCUUUCAACAUGGUGCCGUAGCUACAUACAAAUCAUUUGACCAGUUGGUGGGUCAUCUGCUCCACAUGCUAAACAAAGAUCUUCCUGACAACAUCAAAAACUCCACUCAAUAUUUCCUCGUUCUCAAAAGUUACGUCCAGAUGGGUACCAAGGCCUGCAGCCACAUGUUCCAUCGGAAGGGCUUCAAUCAUCUGAUCAACUUUCUACUUGGAACCGUCGACAAAGAAGAAGAAUUAUCAUCUCGUCGAUGGAUACCAAUUCAAGCCCGAGAUUUUGGACACCUGCAGACGACCCUUGCUACUUUAAUCUUGAACUGUGAUGUCUCCAGCUACAGAACUGAUGAACCUGAUCCCUUCAAAGUCUACACCCCACAAACUGUUUCUCCACAGUUGUACCUUAAAAUGUCUGAUGACAUGUUUUACUUCGUCUUUGGUGCAGGAUCCUACCGUUACAUCAACGAGGUGGUGUAUGCCGUACGUGAAGUCAGUUCAAAUCUAGACUCCGUCACCGAUAUGCUGUUGGCCUGUAGCUUCUGUAACAGCACUUUCAGUAUGACAGUCCUCGAGUGCCUGAUGGUCCAGUACCAAACAGCUCCCUGUAACGAAGUGCGGAACAUAUUUUCCUUACUCAUGGAGAUUCUGCUCCUGGAAGAUCCAUUACAAUUAAAACGACUGAAGUGGGUGGUCAUUGAUGGACAUAUGAACGAGAACGGGAAGAAGUUUGAAGGAUUACUCAGUACCAUCCGCAGUUUCCACCUGUCUGACAGUUCCCGUUCCUACCAGUGUAUCAAGUUCCUUGUGCAAUUGUGCAACCGAUGUGGUUUGGCCAAAGAUCAGUUAAUGAAAACCUCUACAAAAUGGCAAUGGGCUGUUAAUUGGCUGGAGAAAAAGAUGUCUGACUACUGGGUACCAUCUAAUGCCAUCCCCGUUUCCAAUGAGGACUCAAACCAGAAAUCCUUCCAGAGGACAGUCAGUGCCCAGGACACCCUUGACAGUGCCACAGCUCUGCUCACUGAACUGGAAGCCAAUGGUAACAUGGCCAGCCGCACCAGCUCCUUACUGGUUCAACAGAGUAACCAGAAACUUGGCUACAAUAUGAUGCAGUCCAUUUCGGACAACACGGCUCCAUCGCAGCUAUCUCCUGGCCGACAGCUUCAAACUGGCAAUGGGCUGACACCUCUUGUAGUAGAGACAAUCUCGACAAAUAGUGAGACUAGUGGCACUCUGACUCUAUCAGCUCAUGGUCGGCAGACCGUCACCACCACCUCCACUACCACCACCACCAUCACCACUACUGCUACUGAGAAUACAACCAUUACCACUGCCUCAACGACAACAUCAACAACAUCAACACCAACACUCUCCUUGUCUGAUGGUUAAACCCUAAACAAAACAAAGCAAACCCUUUUGGUAGUGGUGGUCAUGGCAGAGGGGUUGUUUCUCAACAGACUGCAGAGUAGUUGUGUUGGUGUGUCGGGGGGAAGGGUUGGGUGUCGUAGAAAUGACCCACCCCACCCCACCUUCUGCUGCUGCUGCUAUUAUUAUUACUACUACCACCACUACCAGUGUCACCACUGCAUCCUUGACAUCAGCACAAGAGAAUGUAUUGGCGUUCUACCUCACCCCACCACCACCACCACUACUGCCCUCUCUCCCCCUUUUUUUUCCAUAGAGUUUUUUUCUAAUUAAUUUUUCUUUCUCUCAAGUGGUCUGAUUGUAGUGGAUUGUUUGAAUUGGCGGAGUGUCAGACAAAAUGCCUUGUGAUAUUGAGUUGUGGCUUUUUGCAUUCUCAAUUCAAAUCGCUAAGUCAACCUUGCCUUUCAUCCUUUUGGAGUUAAUAAAAGAACGAACCAUUUGAAUACAGGGUUUGAUAUUAUCCAUAGACCCCCCCCCUCCCACAAAUUUCAGGGCUUGUGUGUAUUAUUGUUGUUAUUAUUAUUAAGAUGGCAGAGCCUUCAGCCUGCUGGACAAAAUGCUUAGUGACAUUUUGCCAUCUUUACAUUCUGAGUACAAA